AUGUCCGACCUGGCUGACCUUGUUGGACGCCCUAUCUCGAAGGACACUUCUUUCAAUUGGACAUGGUUCGUCGAACUCGCCACCUGUUCCUGUCUCGCCCUGUUCUUCCUCUUCUACUUCAACCGUCUCUUUGCGACCAUCGUCUCGUACGGUCUCCGAGCCUUUACGUGGCAUAAGUACCGGGUCUGGAUCGAUAUUCAGGCUUUGCAACUGUCCUUUCUAGCGGGUAGAAUCUUCUUCAAAGGUAUCCGCUAUCAUGGCGAGAACGAGACUGUUUUGAUCCAGAAUGGCUACAUCACUUGGAGGUACUGGCUCCGAACCACACGUCAAGUCGAUCUCACGGCCUUCGAUGAGCAAGCUAGCUGGGAGACGGAGGGGAAAGAGUCGACGGCGGAUGGCUCUCUCCCGUCCAAGCAGUCAAUGGGAGACCAAGAGCUGGGGAGGGCGAAACAAGCCGAUACAUCGGAAGCCCGCGUCGCAAUCAACAUGUCCGGCUUGGAGUGGUUCGUAUAUAACCGCACACCGGUUUACGAAGACAUCCUGAAGGACGCGUCGGGGGUGCAAGGCGAAGAGGAGACCUGCUCCGAGACCCAUGCGACUGGCCACGAGCCCGAAAGCAGACAUGGGAAGCUUCACCACCGCAGAGGAAGGACGAGUCUAUGGUCAAAGGUUGCCUCUGCCAGCGAUACUUCCGAGACCAGGUUGUCCACGGAAAAGAUUGAUCGAGUCGUUGAACCAUGUGACGACCGGGUUCCGAUAGAACGGGUCGACACGUUCACCACCGUUGCCUCAAACCCAGACGAAUGUGCAGCCCAUAUUUCCUCCUUCCACUCACUUCUCAUCCGAAUGCUCCCGAUCGCUGUUGAAUGCUCCAAAGGUGCAAUCACCCUUGGAAAUGAACACACGAGAGCACUCGUUGUCUCGACCUUUGCAACUGCCAAAGGUCACAUUGAUGCGGCAGCUGCGGGGCCGUCGGACAUAUUUCGACAAGUGUUCGAUUUCGACAUUGAUCACCCCAAAGUCGAGAUGAGACCCAAUCCCAACUACCGUCGGUCUCAGCUCGCCGCUGCGGAAAGGGUUGUCUCUGCAGCAGAGUCCCUGAGACGGCCACGUCGCUGGUGGCUCUUGGACUUUGGCUGGACUCGUCGGAUAGGCCGCCUGUUCCAUGGCCUUAAACGCCUUCUUCCCGGUCUCGGCAGUUCGAAAGGAUCUAUAAGAACCACAGCUUCUCAGACGGCUGAAAGAAAGAUGCACUAUAUGUACGACGACUUUCAGGAAGACAAUAGGUCAUGGCACGGCCUGGGACGUUAUAUGGACGAGGAUGAGCGCGAUGAUCAUGAAGGCUGGUCUCAUGUGGACUACGCCAGGUUCUCCCAGAUUCUUGACUCGCCCGCAGUUCACUUGAAUUUUUACUGGGAUAUGCCAGGAAAGGUCACGGAACAAAACUCGAACCUACUGGUAACGCCGGAUUUCGACCCGGUCAACCUGUCUAGCCCUCCUGCAUACGGUCUCGAUUUGGCCGUCAAAGGUGGCCAGGUCAAUUACGGUCCGUGGGCAGAUCGUCUUCGCGCCGAAAUUCAGACUGCAUUCCUUCCAAACUCAUACCGGUCUGCCACUCCGGCAUCUCCACUACAGAUCGGUGAAUCGCGAGUCAGCACGGUGAUGUUGAUCCGCGUUGACCUCGAGGAUGAAGUUACCCUUCGUGUGCCGACCAGGGAGCGAUCCAAGGACUGGCAGUGGAGAGGACGAGCCCAUACUGUAAAGGAGGCAGCCGCUCUACGAAAACAAAGAGAGAAAAGGCACUUUCGCUUCCGCCGAUCACAGAAGACCAAGCUUGGCCCUGACGUGCGGCCUUUUGGCUGGCUAUCUGUAUCAGCUGGGCAAGAUUCGACGGUGCGCUACGAGAUGGACAUGGUUGCGCGCCAAGAGGGUUACAGAAAUCAACUGCGUCUCGACCUCCGGGAUACCACAGCCACCUCCAGUGUGAACCACGCCUUGCUUUGGCGUUGUCGAUCGCAAAAAGUCUCAUGCGACCUGUCCAACCCUUUAGUGUGGAACAGUCUUCAUACCUGGACCUUCGACGUCGAGACUAACGCUAUGGAGAUGUUCCUUCUCAGAGACCACAUGUUCUUACUGACCGAUCUGAUAGGCGACUUCACCGCUGGACAAAAGCCUGAUUACAUGACCUUUGUACCUUUCAUCUAUCGAUUGCAUUUGCGUUUCCCAGACCUGAAACUCUAUCUCAACGCGAACGAUUACAAUAUCAUCGAUAGCCCUUGUGACCUGGAAGAAAAUGCAUUUCUCGUGCUUGGAUUCCAACAGCUGAAUGGCGAUGUUGAUGUCCCCUUGCAGUACUUCUCUCCCCGCCAGAGCAGCGUCACGUUUCUUGCCGAAGGUCAUAACGCCUCUUUAGAGUUGAUCACCCCCGUCUGGAACACCUUAGAUACUCUGGCUGAGGAUUCGACAAUGGCCACCUUGAAACAGCUUAACCUCGAAGGCUCUUACAACUACUACUCCGCCAUCUCACCGAGCUUGACGGAUUCGCUUUUCAUGACGAUCACGGGCUAUGCUCCCAAAUUCUUCUUGCACGGGUACCUGAUCCGCUACUUUAUGAACGUCAAAGAAAACUACUUUGGCGAACACUUGCACUUCAGAACAUUGGAGGAGUAUCAAAAUAUGCUUGCAGGCCACGAGGAUCACGGCUCACGCCUCGGAACCAAGAAAGAGAACGACCUCGAUGUUAUUCUGACUGUACGAGCAGAUAGCUCUUGUGUGCUUAUGCCCGCCCACAUCUACUCGCAAAGGGAGAAUGUCCGAGUGGAUAUCCUCCUCGUGGAGGCGGACAUGCGCUUCACGAACUAUUACAUGGACUUGCAGGUCAACUCGAGUCCGCUAGAAGUCUCUCUCGAGUCGAUUUCUAAGCACGAGACGGGUGCAGCCAGUGAGAUAACGAACUGUCAAUUGUUCAUUGACGGCGUCGCAGUCUACGGGCACCGACUCUUUGGGGCACCCCCAACGGAACCGACCUAUGUCUGUAACUGGGACUUCAACGUUGGAGAAGUGACCGGCGAAUGCUCUUCCAAGUUCGUUCAAACACUAUUACACUCAAUUAUGGCGUUCAGCUAUACCCUGGACGAUCAUGAGAAUUCUUUGCCACCAUUUCAAAAGUCGGUCGUCCACGAUGUGAUUUUCCUCAGAGCAAACAUUGCCAGUUUGCGUCUAUGGUUGGUUGCUGGUGGUUCUGCUUUUCUACUGGAGCUUUCCACCUCGGAUAUCUCGUUUGGUGACUGGGCUGACUCCCACUUUGCGAAGAGGAUGCGAGUAAAUAUCCCGCGAAUAUUGCUUGCAGCCGUAGACCAUACAUCAGCUCUUCGGUCCCAUGACCGAGGGUCAACCCCUGUGGAGACAUUCGCGUGCUUUCAGACCUCUUUGAGGAUUGGCAUGCUUGACAAGACAGAUGAUCUCUCGCAGACUCGAGCCCUGCAGCAACAGCAUAUUUUUUAUCAUGAUCAACGAACUCACCGGGCAGACUUCCUUCUGCGGUCCCAGAAACAGUAUCCACCAAACAACCGAAAGGCGGAAUGGGCUCGUGAUCCGCCGAGUAUGCCACUGCCGCUUAUGCCCGAACCUAUUAGCAAAGUCGAACAAAUACCCUUCUCGGAUACAACAGGACAAAAGGCUCGCAGACGUGCUGCACACCGCCAAAACUCAUUUUUAUCAAGCCCUUCCACUCUCCCCAAGAAGGGACCGUGUGCAAACAACGAUAACAUCGAGCGACCUAGUCCACUAUCAGGCCGAGGUCUGUAUGGAUCAACGCCUUCAAAAACAUGUUUGGAUGUGCCGUUUCAUCGUCCUGAGGACGACCUGGGUGACUACGGAGGAAGAGAUCGUUCUCAAGAUCGCGAUUCGCAUCCAGCAUUAGUGACUUUCGCUAGUCCUUGGGCUGCUCCACACUUCAGUUUGCACGAUGUGCAACCAGAUCUUACAAAAAUGCCAGACAUGUCCCCCGGAUCCCGAGACGGUCAGUUGUUAUUACCACGAAGGAGCAACAACCCUGAUUCGCAGAGCUCUGAAUUCAAGAACGCCCCUCACAAUGGUCUUCUCUGCAUGCUCGACAGUGGCUUGGUCGGCUUUUGCACCCCUGCCUUAUUUCUGUCUAUUGGACAGCUGAUUCGUGAGCUGAAUGAGGAACACGCAAUAGACCAUCUUGAUAAACUGCAAAUCGCCGUGGUGAAGCGGAUCUUGGAAAUUCAGCGACAUGAAAUUCAAGGCCAUGUCAUGGAUUUCGCAGUAGAGGUCCCACUGGUACACGUGAGGUUGGUCAACAGCUUACCAGGUGUUCAAGAUUUUGGUCCACCUUCCGAAGAUCAGUAUGAUGUCAAAUUCGCUGGCAGUCGAGUCAUGUACCGCACUAUCCACCCAAAGGGUGACGCGCGAUCGGAGGCUAUUCGGUCUCAUGGGCAUCUGGCAUACGGCUCAAUUGACAGCCUCACUUUAUCUGUUACUGACGAUGCGUCCAGUCCGGGGAAAGGAGCUGCCCACGCUGAAUCAGCUCUACAUAACAUUGGCUUCUGGCUAUCAUUGAAAGAGGAGAUGAAUUCCAGGUUACAAGUGAGCAAUUUCGAUCUUGUCCUUUGGGCUGAACAACUGGUACAUAUGGCCAGCCUCAUACAAAGAACCUACUCGAUGGUCGAUCGCAUUGCCGCUGCAUUCGCAGAGCUCGACCAAAGCCCCAAAACACGACAUCUCAUAUACCAUCUGGCCCAAGCUGGCUCGUCUGUGUCAGACCCAGUAUUCCUCAUGCGACCUUCUUACGUCCUCCGAAGUGCUGACAAGCAUGUCCGUUUGACUGAUUCCUGGAAGAUUAUUUCUCGGCUACGAUACAUCUUCUCUACCGUCGAAAAGAGACGCCACGACGCCUUUAACGAAUGCAGUUGCGAGGACCUGGAAUUGACGGACCCUGCUCGAAGACAAGUACUAUCUUCUUUCGAACAGUGGAGAGGUUGGGAUUAUGCACGAGACAAAGUUCCGAUCAUGAGUUCAUUGUUCGAAAAUCCCGCUACUCGAACAUCAGAGCGACCUGAAAGCAGACUGGUUGUGCAAUCCGAAAUCUUAGUAGGAAAGAUUGGUGUUGUCUUGGACCCAGGGCCCCGACAAAGUGACUUAGCGCUGCUAGGGCUUGACUUCAAUAUCUUCGUACAUCCUUCGACGGUCACUGCUGGAGCGGACAGGAACAUUCAACAAGUCGUCAUUCAGGCUUAUCUCGCAGAUACCUCCUUACAUCUCAACUGGGCUCUAGUACAUCUAGUCCGCCAGAUUGUCGAACUGGGUAAUCCCCUUGCUGUGGGAAGCCCCAAAGUCAACCGGCCCAAGAAUGCAAGAACCACAACCCCAGCGACGAGGACACAGUUUACAGUGGCGGUAGGGAGCGAUGCUGCAUCUAUUUUCUUGACAACGGUCAAUCUCAAGCUGAAGUGGGGAGCCGAAAGCUUCCGGGGGGCGAUUUCAUUUGAUACAGGCGGCUCAGCGCCGACGAUUUCUUCGUUCACAUUGGCUGCAAACACCGCCAUGUCAAGAAUCAAAGGCCACUCUCGUACUCUGCUCGUUUGGCGUCUUCGCUCGCCCAAGGUAUACGCCUCAAUUCGGCCACAAUCUCCAACUUCUCCGCAGAAGCAGAAGCAGAAGACGAUUGUACAACUCUGCGCAGCGUCGCAUAAAUAUCGGUUUGAAAUGAAGGAAGACGUCGUGAAGCUCCUCACGGUGAUGGAUUCAGUUGUUCAUGACGAGGUCCGCGAGAUCAUCACAUUGAUUGAUGACAUCCCAAAGAGCGGCGAAAAUGGCGUGCAAGUCCCGCCAUCCAGCAAACAGUUGGACCUUGUCCUCCAUGUUGCCAUGUUUUUGGACGAUUACAGAUUGACAUUUGCUGUUGUUCCAUCUCUUCGCUAUGCAAUCGCCGGCCCCGUAGCGCGGACAUCUAUCUUUCCCCGAGCAGACGGUGGACACGACAUCAACUUUGAUAUCAAAGAGCAUGAGCACUCGUUUGAGGUACCCAACAAGGGCUCCCAAGGGAAUUUGUCGAUCUUGAAGAUGCCGGCUAUGAAUGGGGGGCUGUCUGUACGCAAAACGGCCAGUGUAAUCGGAGUUCGGGCUCGCGGUACACUGGAGCAAGUGAAUCUGGAAGCUGCCGGCAUACGAGCUUGCUUUGACGCCUUGAACCAACCCGGAGUCAUACAGAUUAUACCCAAAAUAAAGAGAGCAGCUCAACAAUUGCAAGCUUCUCUGGAGCAGGUGACCGAGGGUAAAACUAAGCCCCAAAAUGAGCAUACAAGUGAGGCUACACUCCUGCUUCGCUUCGCCAUCCAUGGUACGCUUGCGGGGAUCAAGAUUCAUAUGAGUGCUCCAGCGGUCCGGGAAGACCAAGAUUACACUGCCGAGAUGGAACUCAAGCUCGAGGGCACUUCGGUCUUCAUUCACAACGAAACAGAUGACCCCGAGUCUAUCCACGAACAGCCGCAAUUUAUUCUUAACUCCCGAGGCGUGGGGCUGGCCGUGUACCGUACAACGGAACAUGACAGAGUGAAUGUUGGAAGAUGCAUCGUAGGUCUCAAGGCUUCGGGCAAAACAGAAACGGAGGGGAAAGCUGGUAAAGUUCAUGUUUACCGGACAUGGAGCGACAGAAUCAGCGUUGACCUCUUCGAGAACACUGCCACACUGGCGAUUGAUAUUGUGGCAUUCUUACAAGAGCGUAUCAAGUCUAUCAAGCUAGCUGAUGAUGCAGACAAUAUUCGACAACUCCGAAGAAUGACCACUGCUGGAAUCACGGAACGACUGAAACCCAAGGAGCACAUGGACGCAAGCCUCGAGACAAAUUCCAGUCAUGGACCACCUUCGUCCGCUCUCUACGAUUCGACCUACGCGGUCGACCUUGAGAACAUAAUUCUCCGGUGGAAUAUGCCGAGGAGCACUGUGCUUUCGCCGAGUCGUCAGGUACAGGAUCUGGUAUUUUCGAUUCGUAGGGUUGAUCUUCAAACCCGGCAAGAAGGUACUGCCCGGCUUUCAAUUCUCGAUACGCAAUUGCAGAUCGUGCCUCAGUCGCAGUCUGAGUAUCCAACCCAGCGAACAGCCAAUUCAGCUUUACUGCCUGAGAUUGUUUUUGGAGCUGCCUACCUCUCGACAAAACAUGACCGACGGCUCGCAUUUCACGCCAAAGGAAAGGCGCUAGAUAUUCGACUUGCCUCCGAUUUUGUAAUCCCAGCUCACGCCUUGCAAAUAUCUCUUGCCCACACAAGCAGAGAGUUGCGAAAUGGGACGUUUAUCUGCGAGACCAGUCCGCAGACGCCCCAUCCGGGCCGGCUCAAUCUUUUAGGAGGGAAACGGCUGGCUUCUCUUUUGGUGGACGCGGAUUUUGCAGGGGCGGUCGUCCAUAUCUCACCCCGUGCCGAAGGACGUCAGCAGAGCUCAGUAUUCUCCUUUCUGAAAGGUGAAAAGAGAUCCCGCGCGGGACGGUAUGGGCAAGUCGUGCAAGGGGAUCAUGCUUCGUCGGCCGUCCUUCAAUCACCUGGUGUAGCCCUCAAAGUUGAGUACAAAGAUGUCGGCGUGGAGGAUCCCACCUUCAGUACCGAAGUCAAGGUUGCAGCCUCAUCCAAUACCCUGUACCCCACCGUCGUCCCUCUCAUACUCGAGAUCUCGUCCAGCAUCAAAGAAAUCAUGGGCGAGAGGGAGACCGAGGGCGAAAAAUCUCGAUCGCAAGCAGAAUCCGCUCCCCUCCACGCGGAGAUGACAGUAGAUAGUGCCAACCCCACAGCUAUCUUGGGACGGUGCAAAUUGAACGCCGGACUCUAUAUCCAACGACAAGAAUUCAGUCUCAGCUGUCAACCUAUCGCAAGAGUUGCAGCAACAGCAAGGUGUGCAGACAUUUUUGUUACGGUCAACACGGUGUCAGCACCUGAUCAGGAACGCUUCUUCGCCAUUUUGACGACGUUCAACAAGCUGGAGGCAUCAGUCCAACACGUGUACUCCCGAGAGUCGACGGCCAAUUUUGAAGUCGAUACAAUCACCAUGUCUUUCAUGAACAGCAAGCAUGUGAGCGCGACCGCGGGAAUCUCAGCCGUCCUCAACAUCAGCCCUAUGAAGACAGAUAUCAACGCCAAGCAGGUGCAAGACUUUCUUCUUUUCCGCGAGAUUUGGUACCCGGCCGAGCUACGCAGCCAGUCCAAACCCAGCGCCCCUGCGACCACUACACAGGAACAGCAGGCGUAUGCCAUGCAGCGAUACCAGGAGCUUUCCGCCAAAGGCACCUUGCCCUGGCACGUCAUUGUUUCAGUGCAGGAGGUCAAGCUGCAGGUAGACCUGGGACAGGGACUGGGGAAAUCGGUCUUCACUAUUUCCCGGCUCUGGGCCUCGUCGAAGAAGAGCAAUGAUUCCGAGCAGAACUUGUGCGUGGGAUUUGAUCGAGUGGGCAUCGAUAGCGUUGGAAGGAUGAGUGGAUUUGUUGAGCUGGAGAACAUGCGUGCCCGCACAUCAAUUCGCUGGCCGGAAGACACGACAGCAAAGAAACGGGCUCCGAUCGUGCUAGCAUCCGUCGGUUUCGAACACCUCCGAGUCAAGGCCGCGUUCGACUAUCAGCCUUUUGCCGUCGCCGACAUUUCGUCCUUCGAAUUUCUGAUGUACAACGUGCGACAAGGUGAGGGCAUCGAAGGUGAUCGCCUGGUCGGAAUUGUCGACGGCGGUAAAGUUCAAGUGUUCUGCACCACGGCCACCGCAGCACAGACCUUUGCCCUGGUCCAGGCGUUUGAACGACUGGUGCAGGAGAAGCAAGAAGCAUACCAAACAUCCCUACAUGACAUGGACAAGUUCCUGCGCCGAAGGUCCGUCUUUCCUUCGAGCACCUGGACGGCUCCCCUGGCAGACCCCCUUUCCAAACAACAGCCCAUGAGCAGGGGCACGUUUGGCCUGCACACGGAUGUCGUUAUCACACUGCAAGCCGUGGACCUGGGUGCCUUUCCCAAUACAUUCUUUGAUAAUCAAAUUCUGAAGGUGGAGGCGACCGAAAUCCAAGCACGGUUUGCCGUGGCGCCGACCGAGGGCAACACCCACAGCGGCUUGGGAAUGACUCUCGGCCAGCUCAGGGUCGCGCUCUCCAACGUGAACCAGGCCACCACGAGGGCACUCAGCGAGGUUUCUGUGCCCGAUGUUAUUGAGAGGGCCACGACAGCCCGGGGAGGCACCAUCGUCAAGGUUCCGCGGCUCGUUGCAUCCAUGGAAACCUGGCAAAGGGCGGAUUCGAACGUGAUCGAAUACAUCUUCCGAAGCAUUUUCGAAGGCAAGGUUGACGUGGGAUGGAAUUACGCCCGUAUCAGCUUUAUCCGGGGCAUGUGGCAAACUCAUUCACGAGCUCUGGCUCAGCGGCUUGGGAAGCCGUUACCACCAUCUGCUGUCAAGAUCACUGCAGAACCCGUCGGCAACGGGGAGAACGGCGGUCAAGAGAGGAUCACCGCGGUGGUCAACGUACCGCAGUCCAAGUUCACGUACGUCCCACUGGAGCCUCCCAUCAUCGACACGCCUCAGCUCCGCGACAUGGGGGAAGCUACGCCACCGUUGGAAUGGAUAGGGCUGAACAGGGACAAGCUUCCAGAAGCGACGCAUUCCAUAGCGAUUGUGUCGCUAUUGGAGAUUGCGAGAGAAGUCGAGGAUGCAUAUGCCCGGAUUCUUGGGGCGAGUUGA